AUGGAUGCCCUCAUUAUCGGACGUGCUCUGGGGGGCCUUGGAGGCGGAGGGAUGUACUUGGGAGUGAUGAUGAUGCUGUCUCUAUUCACGACACCUGUGGAACUACCAAAAUACAUCGGGAUCAUCGGGGUGGUAUUCGGUUUUGGUACCGUCCUACGACCUGUAAUUGGAGGAGCUUUUGCCUCCAAUGCCUCCGCGACGUGA